AUGAAAUUAUUAAGUGGUUCACCACUGGCUGACAAACUGCAAAUACCUGUUGUAUCGCUUGAGUGGACGGAAUGUUUAGAUAAACGGCCAACCGAUCGCACUAGUGAUGAUUUAGAUGCCAUAUUUUCAAAAUUAAAAGAUGUUAAAGCAUUCGAAAAGUUUCAUCCAUUGCUUAUUCAACAACUUUGCUAUUAUAGUUAUUUUGAAAGUUUAGAAAAAGGUGUCACACUUUUUCGUACGGGUGAUCUUGGUGCGAAUUGGUUUGCGAUUUUGAGUGGCAGUGUUGAUGUAUGUGUUCCAGCAGAAAAUGGCAAGGGUCAUACACUCAUCUGUACGUUAGAAGCAGGUGCUGCUUUUGGCGAAUCAAUUUUAUAUGAUGCACCUCGCAAUGCAACAGUCAUCACAUCGUCAGCAGUAAUGCUUUUACGAGUUGAACAAAAAGAUUUUAAAAUAUUAUGGGAGCGUAAUAAACAAUAUAUGCAUGGUGUAAUUACAAGUCUCAGCAAAUUAACUAAUACAUUAGAUCCAAAACGACGUGCUUCUGAAUUUGAUCCAUCACUUCUUCCUCAAGUUGCAAGUUCGAAAUUUAUGAAAGAUGAUCCAACUCGAAAUCCAGCUUUGCCUAUAAUACCCGCUCCUUCAGUACGAAUUCAACAUGCCGCUUAUGUAUUAAGAUCAUGUAUACUUAGUAAAGCUCAACAAAUGAUUCGUGAUCGAAAAUACCAUCUUAAAAUGCAUCGAAGUUGUCUAGUUGGUUCUGAAAUGGUUGAUUGGCUUAUUCACCAAAGCCCAUUAGUUCAUUCCCGAAGCCAAGCGGUUGGCAUGUGGCAAGCCUUAUUAGAAGAAGCAGCCAUAACACAUGUAUCACAAGAACAUUAUUUUAAAGAUAAAUAUUUAUUUUAUCGUUUUUCUGGCGAUGAAAGUGGAACAUUAACGAGACCCAGUACAGCAGAAGAAAGUGAUUGCGAAGAACAAUUAAAUGAUGUUAUCCUUACUCUAUCACAAGUUGGACCCGAUGCAAUGCUUAGAAUGAUAUUAAGAAAACCACCUCAUGAACGAACAAUUGACGAUUUAGAAAUAAUCUAUGACGAAUUAUUACACAUCAAAGCUCUCUCUCAUCUAUCCUCGCUUGUAAAACGCGAAUUAGCUAGUGUAUUAAUAUUUGAAGCUCAUCCGUUCAAAGGCGAAGUUUUAUUUAGUCAAGGAGACGAAGGCAAAUCAUGGUAUAUAAUUCUAAAAGGUUCAGUUCAAUGUAUUAUUUAUGGUAAAGGUGUUGUCGGUACACUUCAUGAAGGUGAUGAUUUUGGUAAGCUGAGUUUAGUCAAUAAUUCACCAAGAACAGCAACAAUUAUUUUAAAUGAAGAUAAUACACAUUUUUUGCGUGUUGAUAAAGAUGAUUUUAAUCGUAUACUUCGUGAUGUUGAAGCAAAUACAAUACGAUUAAAAGAAUUCGGUAAAGAUGUGCUUAUACUUGAUAAAGUUCCAAUUAAUGUGAAAACAGCUGAUGGUACAUAUCAAGUUUGUUAUAAAUAUUCUAUUAUGUCUGGUACAGCUGAAAAAAUACUUGAAUAUUUACUUGAAACAUAUAUUUGUGUUAAUUGUGAAGAAGGUGAUACAAAUCUAGAUGAUUUUGUUUCAACUUAUGUUAUUUUUAUGCCAACAAAUCAAAUGUGCGCAACAUUACUAGCAAUAUAUAAAGCUAAACCACAACAGCGUGCUGGUGAAAAUAUGGAUUUAACGUUACGUGAAAAAGUUAAAGUCAUAAGAUUUAUUCUUGAAUGGCAUGAUGCAUCAAAAGAAACAUUUUUUGAAGACCCAAAAAUAAAUGUUUUUCUAACUGAAUUACAUCAUUUAAUACGUAUUGAUGUUAAAAUUUAUCCUCAAUUGAAAGAAGAAAUCAAAUUAAUUGAAUCAAUCAUGGAAAAUGACUCGGAUCCAAAAGAAACACGCAAAAGUAAAUUACCAUGGAAACAACGCAACAGUAUUGAUAAACCAAAAAUGAUACGCCCAUCAGAUGAAGUUAUUUUCAAAGUUUAUUGUGCUGAUCAUACAUAUACAACGAUGAAAAUGAGAAUUGAUACACCAGCUUCGAAAAUUAUUCGAUUAGCAGCUGAUAAAUUAGGCUUACGUGCAGAUCAACCAAAUGAUUUAAAACUGUGUGAAGUUAGAUCUACAGGAGAAAGAAUUCUUUAUAAAGAAAGUGAUUUAAGUAUUUCAUAUGGUCUAUCAUUGAAUGGCCGUCUAUUUUUGGCACCUGCUGAUCAUUUGGAUGCUUUGGUACCAUUACCUGAACAAGAAGGUCCGCAACGUGGUACAUGGCAAAAAUUAGAAAUGUUUGGUUCAAAAGAACUUGCAUAUGCUAUUACAAUGCAAGAUUAUGAAUUAUUUAUGGCUAUUAAUCAACAUGAACUUCUCUAUCAAGUAUUCGGCCGAUAUAAAUUUGGAAAACUAACAGCAAAUUUAGAUAUUUUUAUGAGAAGAUUUAAUGAAAUUCAGUAUUGGAUUGUAACAGAAAUAUGUUUAACACCAAGUCCGGGCAAACGUGUACAACUUUUAAGAAAAUUUAUCAAACUUGCAUCUUAUUGUAAAGAAUAUCGAAAUCUUAAUUCUUUCUUUGCUAUUGUGAUGGGUCUAAGUAAUAUUGCUGUUAGUCGAUUAUCUCUGACGUGGGAAAGAUUACCAAGUAAAAUUAAACGAAUGUUUUCGGAAUUCGAAACUUUAAUGGAUCCAUCACGCAAUCACCGAGUUUACCGUUCAACAUUAACAAAAUUAACACCACCAACCAUACUUUUUAUGCCACUUUUACUCAAAGAUCUAACUUUUACUCAUGAAGGCAAUAAAACUUAUUUGAUUGAAGCUUUAGUCAAUUUUGAAAAAAUGAGAAUGUUGUCACAUACAAUGCGUACCUUGAAAAUAUGUCGUAGCCAAGCAUUACAAUUACAAGUACCUCAAGGUGCAAAAAAUCUUUCAGAAAUUCAAGAAUAUGUUCUCGAAUUGAAUGUCAUUGAUAAUCAACGUAUCCUAAAUCAAUUAUCGAAUAAAUUAGAACCACGACAAACAUAG